CAGCAGUGUACAGGGACGAUGACGUCGCUUGUUUUAGGCGCAGCGGCGCGUCCAUGUUUAGAUUCACUUUAAGCGAAGCGAGUCAGAGAGCGCAGUGCCAUUCAGCCCAUGUGGGACACUAGAGAGGGUUGAAACUGCUCCGGCUCGCGGUUCCCAAGCUGAACAGUGGAAAUAAUAUGCGUCUAGUAUCGAGUAUAGGUCACAAGUACAACUAACGCGUCGGGACAGAGUGUAGUCGUAGGGAAAGUGUGGCGAGAUGAACAGGAGCUGAAACUCCGGGCGCACAGAGCCAGUUUAACUCCAAACUCUCCAAACCAAAUCACGAUUAGAAAACAAAAACAGACGGAAAUGAACCGCUUUGCUGUUGUGAAAGCACUUGGCUUUCUGCUUUUGCUGAGGACACUUAACGCGCCAUUAUAGAAAAAGAGACCGGGAAUGUCCGUUACGCACGGGGGUUUGCACUUCACUCUGGAUCGCUUUGGUUUGUAAAACUCGCGGACGUGUUUGUGUUUGAGUGGGUUUUGUCCCAAUACAAUAUCGAGCUCAAAUCGGAGUGACAGACUGGAUGUACAGCUGCACUAUGUGUGCACACUUUUUCUGGUGCGGUGCGCAAUCAGCGCGCAGAAGAUUUAUCUGGGAAACCGUGAUGGCUCGUAAUAAUUAACAAAGUUGAUCCACUGUUAAAAGGGACCAAAAUAAAAGCCACGAUGACUUUCUUAACUUUUUGGAUAUUGUUUCCUCUUCUAGAUGUACUACACGUGUCACUAUGUGCUGAGCUGGCGCAGACUCGAGCAUCCCGGCUGGACUGUGUCCGGGCUCAUGAGCAGUGUCUGGGUCGUUAUGGCUGCAGCUCUGCUUUCCGCACAAUGAGGCAGUGUUUGGCGGGUACAGGGGGCAACUUCAGCGCAUUAAACGAGCCCGAGGCACAAGACGAGUGCAGGAAUGCCAUGGAGUCCAUGAGACAGAGCUCUCUCUAUAACUGCAAAUGCAAGAGAGGCAUGAAGAAAGAGAAGAAGUGCCUGCGCAUCUUUUGGAGUGUCUAUCACAGUUUACAGGGCAAUGAUUUGCUGGAGGACUCUCCAUACGAGCCAGUGAACAGCCGUCUGUCUGACAUAUUCCGCCUGGCUCCCAUCAUAUCAGGUGAAGCUGCCUUUAGCAAGGACAACAACUGCCUGAAUGCAGCCAAGGCUUGCAACCUGAACGACACGUGUAAGAAAUACCGCUCGGCCUACAUCAGCCCAUGCACCAGCAGGGUCUCCACCACUGAGGUGUGCAACAAGCGCAAGUGUCACAAAGCCCUGCGCCAGUUCUUUGACAAGGUGCCAGCCAAGCACAGCUAUGGCAUGCUUUUCUGUUCGUGUCCGUCUGGAGAGCACUCGGCCUGCUCGGAGCGCAGACGCCAGACCAUCGUUCCAGCAUGCUCCUAUGAGGACAAGGACAAGCCCAAUUGUCUGUCCCUGCAAGCUGCCUGCAAGACCAACUACAUUUGCAGGUCUCGCCUGGCUGACUUCUUCACCAACUGCCAGCCAGAGGCUCGUUCGAUAUCCGGCUGCCUGAAGGAGAGCUAUGCUGACUGUCUGCUGGCUUACUCUGGCCUUAUAGGUACAGUGAUGACCCCCAAUUACCUGCGCUCAAGCAUCAGCGUGUCUCCCUGGUGUGACUGCACCAGCAGCGGAAACGGGAAGCCCGAGUGUGACAAGUUCUCGGAAUUCUUCACUAACAACCGCUGUCUCCGUAAUGCUAUCCAAGCAUUUGGAAAUGGUACAGAUGUUGGCGUGUGGCAGCCUCAGCCGCCUAUCCAACCAACUAGCCAUUCCAGCACUCCUCAGAGAGGACAAGAGAGGACAAUUAAUGGACUUGAUGACCCAGCUUUCACUAACGAACUGAACCCCAGCAAUGGUCACCACCUCUACAGCUUCUGUGGAAACCUCCAGGCCCAGAAGCUAAAAGUGAACAUCACAGUGGAUGUGGUGUGUGUGGACCCUCCUCUGGAUGACCCAAGCAGCUUCAACGCUAUAUCAGGAAGCUCAUCCAGCCUCGUCCACUCCUUCGCCGUCCUCUUUGUUGUCCAGCUCUUGAAUUUGUAGCCGCUCUCCAUUCCGGACUGCUCCUGUACCAUUCCCACAGCUCCUCGAACGCAACUGAUGCUGUACCAAGUGUGAUGUCUAAAUUUGCUGAAGCCAUUUUCCUUUUCGAUUCCUGCUGGACAAAAUUGGACGAGGUGUUACUGACGUGGAAAUAAAAGGUCAAAAAAAAAUAAUAAUAAUGAAGUGGAUACCUUUGUCCCUGUUUGCUCUCAAUGUGGUAUCUUGUCUUGGAAAUUGUGUUUUGUUUUUGAAGGUUUAUCCAUCCACAGUGUUGAAAAGGAGAUGCAGAGGAAAAUAAGGAUCAUUAAAUGUAUUAAGAAGGACCCCCUACUGCAGCAAGUCCUUUUUUGGCUAAUGUGAAAAGACUUGACAAUUUACAGAUGUUCAUUUUCCUAGAGACAAGCUUGUAAACUCUUGCGCUCAGCUGUCCUUGCUACAGUCAAAAUCCCACAUCUCUCAGAAAAGCAUCUGCCUUCUAAUCCAGUCCAUUAGCUCUUUCAACAUGAGCAGUCAUGGUUUCCCCUGUGUGUCUACAGCAUGGCCCUGAUACACACUGAGCCUUAGGGCAAAAGCAUGAGACAGAAAAAAAAAAAACCUUCAGGACUCUUUUACAAACAGGGGAAUUUUUUUGCUGCUUCGUGUUGCUCAAGUAAGACUUUAAAGGCCAAAUGUCCAGCAUCAAUUGCAUUUUCUGAGGAGAAACAUUUACCUACUAUUGCUUUCAAAUGCUACUUUUUUGUUUAGGGUGGCUUUUAAUUGAUCAUGACCAGUGCUGGGUAAAAUAUCACCUGAUGUGUUUAACUGUGUGCAUUAAUGUUAAAUUGGAAGCAAAAAAGAGACAAAGAUUUGAAUGUUUAAAGCCACUGAAUUCAUCACCUCAAGGUCUAAUGAUGUGUUGUGAGAUGCUUUUCUGCUCACCGUGUUUGUAAAGACUGACUGGUUAUUUGAAUUUGUGAAACCUUUAUGUCAACUGUUCUCCUCCGAUCUUCUUUCUCUAAACAACUGUUUUUAGGAGUUUGGUUUUUUUCCAUUUUCGCAGCAUAUGUUGUAAAAUCUAGACACUGAUGUGUGUAAAGAAAAAAUUGCAGGAGAUCAGCAGUUUCAGAACUACUCAACCAUCCAUGCCUGAGUCACUGAGAGCAAAAAUCCACAUGCCGAUGCUUGAUGUAAACAUUAAAUGAAGCGUUUGACCUGUUCCUUCAUGAUUGUAUGCACUACACUGCUGCCACAUGAUUGGUGGAUUUGGAUAUAUGCAUGAACGUGCAGGUGUUCCUAAUAAAGUGAAUGGUGAGUGUAUUUCAAUGCUAUGUAUUAUUCAAUGGUGUUCAAAACAGCAGAGUUCAAGUUCUUUUAACACUCAAAUGUUUGGGUCUCUUUUUUGCUUCUAUAUUCAUUCCAAGCAAAGGUUGUCAUACAAAAGGUUGAUGAUUCAAUCUGGAGCACCUCUGUGUAUAAUGUGCUGUAAAAUAAGUGAACAUGGUUUCUCUCUCUUUUAGAUGAGGUGUUCUUAAAGAUUUCAGCAUUGUUGUGGUACCGUGAACUGUUCAAAAAUAAAAAAUAAAAAAUGACAUGUAUAAUAGGGCUGUAAGUAGUGUUAUGCCGAAGAAUACAUUAAAAGAAUCAAGGAA